GUUGCGCUGGACACUGUCGCUGUGAUGCUGCCAGGCGCCUCGCAACUACUCGGCAAAGAGUGCCACCAGCUGGGGAAGAUGAAAAAGCAGAACCUCACGCCAGAUCAUUUCGGCCUCUGUGUUCGGGCCUUGCACUUGCCGCUGAACCGCACGCCCAGCCUGGGCGUCAAGAGCCAUCGGUUGUUAGAAAUGGGUUGCCAGGUGAUUCAGCAGCGCCAGAUGGACGGUCUCGUCGACACACUUCGGAGAUGCGGCGCGGCCUUGCGGAGUCCUAGUGCUCGUGCCGAGGAGAGGCUUGCACACGUUACGCAUUGCCACAUGUGGGAUGAGGUCCAGCUGAAUUUCAAGAGCCGCGAGUCGUUCAAGAAUGCGCGGAAGCGGCUCAAAGCAGUUUCUCAUCAGACGCUUGUGCAGCGAGGCCAGUACCACUUCACGCUCGGCGCCAGCCACGACGGGGAGUGGAACGCGAUCACAGUUUCGGAGGAGUGGAUUUGUCGACCUCGGGUGGGGGAGGGCACACCGGCUGACGCGAUCGACCCUGCAAUCAUGGCCACAAUCCCAGACCUGCACAGAUACGACAGCCACGCGAAGAUGGCCAAUUUCUUGAAAGACGUGGGCAGCAUGACGUUCCAGCCGAUGUGCGAUCGAGCUAGUGGCAACGUGCUGUUCUUGAAGAGGCAGUGUUUUUUUUGGGGGGGGGAGAAUGUUCUACUCUUGAACCCAGACACUCAGAACCUACUGCUGUUCAUCGAGACGUGCGGGGUCCACGGCCAUCAUCGGGCCAAGCUCCAAGUGCGGGGGCUCAAGCCGCACACGAUGAUGCAGUAUUGUAUCUCGAAGCUCUACAGGUUGCAGACGACGUAUGUGAAGAUGACAUCUUGGAUCGAGGCGCGAAUAUCGAGAAUUCGACGUGUGCGACGAGAACCCCCUCGACCUGAUACAUGCCUGACCUUGGCAACCGUGUGCGAGAUCCUGUACGGCCUCUCAUCCAAGCAGCACCUUCGGAAGGACGGCAAGCAUUCGAGGCGGUACAUGGACCUCCAGGCGGCGAUCGGCAUGUUCAACGGGAGCCUCAAUGAUGAGAUUGUGCACUACUGCUGGAACCCAGAGACAGAGUUGCCCUGCUGCGCGAACCAGACAGAGACUGCGGACAAGGCUGUGCGUGCGGCGGUGGACUCUAUGUUUGGGACUGCCGACCCCAUUCCAGGGGAAAGCACUUGGACCCGCGCAUUGCCGAAUUUCAGGCGUACGCUGUGCCGACGGUGUCUUUUUCGUUUAGGCCUUGACUGCUUCGCACUCCAGCCGCCAAAGGACCACUCCGAUUUCGUUGACAUGAGCCUGGGCGAGGCGUCGGAAAAGCUGCGGGAGCUACUGCGCGGCGCGAGGAUCAAGAAGGUCAGGGGGUACUACGACGACGACUCGACGUUCCACGAUCUUGCCGUGCUGACCGCGUCAGUCAGCGUUUUUGAUAAGCACUUGUUGUACCCGCUGCUCGGGGACCAGCCGACUCAGGACUCUGACGACGGCGAGCCGAAGUUCUCCAAGGUGGGCAUGUUGGUGGACCAGAGGAGGUCGCUCAUCGGCAAGUGCUUGCAGGAGCUCGAGUUGCCGUGGGCGCUGCUCGACGCUGUGGGCGCCCCCGUGAAUGACGAGGCAUUCAUGCGCAGGUCGAGGGGUGUGAUCUUGCGCUUGGCUACCAGCGCCUUCAGGCGCUACGAGGUGAAGUACAGCACGUGGCCGUACAAGCUCUACGCCCUCGUCGACUCGGGGGCCUCCGACGAGAUGAAGGACCAGGUGGUGCGCGAGCUGCUGAGCGCACCGAGGAGGGGGCUGGACGUCUACAGCUACGGCAUCCGAAGGAAGUUCGGCACGAGGUCGCUGCUGCUUAGCUCGCAGUGCCGCUCGGUCCUCGCGGCCGACUUCGACCGCCACCCCUACGACAUAGCCAACAUUGAGCGCUCGAACUCGCAGCUGGCACAAUACCACACGCGGAGGGCCCCAGGGAGGAGCUCAGUGCACGUGGUCCGCGAACAGAUGAUGCGCGAGGCCUUGCACGUGCAUCUCGCUCGAGGCGGCGUCGAUCCAGUGUCGUCGAAGCGGUCGAAGAUGCAGGGCCCGUCGCCGUCGGAGACCAUGCAGCUGAUGCCUCGCAUCUGCGACGACGGCUGCACCAGUGGCCCCAUGCGGUUCGCCCUGGCCGACGCGCCCGACACGCGGCUGGCGCUGGCGAUCGAGUGGCCUUCGUCGAGCUCCUCGCCAGCUGCGGCCGAAGCCGUGGCCGCGAGCGACCAGGACGUCUUCCUCGCCCCAGUGGUCGCAGAGCGGCCUGACCCCUCGACGCUGGUGACGGCGCCAGCUCGGGCAGCAGGCGGUCGCGGUGGAACUCAGCCGUGCCGCAGAGGACUCAACCCGUACAUGCUGGCCUUUAACAAGUGCGUGCACGCUGCCAGGCAGUCCAAGGGGAGACGGUUGUCAACCGCAGAGUACAAUGCAGUCGUGGAGGGCUUCAAGGGGCGAUGGGGGAAGAUGACAGAUGAGGGCAGGCUUUCCGUCGAACGUGAUCUGUAUGAGGAUUGGAUGGGAGGCCCGCCAGAUGGCGACGCCGAUCGGGUCAUGAAGCCCAACACUUCGGUGAACUACGAGGCGUUUAAGGAGUACAGCUUCUGGGGGUACGGUCGCCAAGCGCGGAACCACGAUCGACAGUCGCUCGCCAAUCCCGCGAAGUUCGCUAACGUUGAGAAGAAUAUCCACGCCCGCAUCAGGUCGUUUGGCAAGGAGGUCGCAGACGAGGGCACGGAGCUCAUCAUGAUUGAAGGCGCUAGCUUGACCCCGCCGCACAGCAAAGUGAGAUACGCAUGCUUCAUCACGGGCACGUGCCACAGCCCCCAGGUGUUCGACGUCACUAAGUGCAAGUUCUAUUUCGAGGACGAUGGCAUCGACUCCUCGGCUCCUGAACUUCCGCUGCCUUUUCUAGUGGGUAUAGCUGUGAGGGCUUGCAGGGUGUCAGAGAAGUUCGUCGUGCUGGACUGCCAGACGUCUGACGAGUUCAUCUGGGAGCUUGUCAGUUCCAUGCGCGCGGCGUCUCUGCACCACCUGGACUACAAGUGCGUGGGCUACGACGGGAGCCUGAUGUGGUCCGAGGUGCACGGCAUCAGGUUCGUUGCCGGGCUCUUCGGCGGCGACGCCUCGCGCCCCCCGAAGGCGCCAGCGCGCGCCAAGCGCAAGGCGCCCACCGACGGCCUCCUCAGGGGGAACCCCCUCGACGAGGACGGGCCCGCUGCUCCGAAGCGGAAGGCGACCUCAGGCCAGCCGCUGCCGUCUGCAGGCGAGGUCGCCCAGGUCGCCGACGAGGAGAUGCAGGUGCCAGGGCCCUCCGAGCUGGACGAGGCCUCCGCGGAGUCCGAUCUCUUCCAGGAGGGCGCCGACCAGGACCUCAGCUACGACGAGGGGGACGCGUCUGCCGUGGUCGAGCCUCCGCCGUCGGGCGCCGUCGGGGGCAUCUUGGCUGGGGCAGGCCCCGCAGGCGGCGAUGAGAAUGCGAGCGAGGGCGAGGACCUGACCGACAAGAACGCGGAGGGAGUGGUUGCUGCCGCGGAGGACGUUGGCCUGGUGAGCGCAGCGGAGAACCCCGACAUUGGAGGCCCAGCCAUGGGCGCCGCCCCGCCGUCACCAGAUCCAAUACGGGAGUUGGACGGCCCGUCCGAGUUCGGCUACAUGAACUACCGUGGCCGCCUGGCUGGCCGCAUCGUUAGGGGCAAGACCAAGGGUGGAGUGCACGUGUGCUGCUACUUCCACACGUCGUGCAACCUGAUGAUCUCCGACAGGUUGUACCCAGGCGACGAGACGAUCAAGAAGUGGCUGUUCGAGGUGCCGCCGAACCCCGACCAUGCCACGAAGGACCAGAAGACUGAGCUGCGCCGCAAGCACCUCAGCAUGGCCAAGAGCAGGUGGCAGACGGCUCGCGGACAG